UUAAUCCUAUUUAUGAGGAUGACCGGAUCAAAAACCAUACAAAUAACAAGGUUACAAAGGACCCAGCAAAAAAAAAACAAGGUUACAAAGGAUGAAAAAAUAAUAACAUCGAGGAGAAGUCGCGAUCUAACUAGCAGACAGAAUGAUGAUAAUUUGAUUAAGAUUAGUACUCUGGUAGUUAGUAAUGAUAACUUUGCUGAUCAAGGCUUCGGAACAUGAUCCUUUCUUGUUCUUUCUUCUUUGUGGUGUGUCAUCUUGAUCUCACUCGGUUGACUUUAUCUUUGUGUCUUCCUCUUGUGUCGUGUCAAAGAGGGAACAAAAACCAAAGUGUUAGUUACUUCCAUCUUAAAGGUCUGCUUGGAUGCUUGGUUGGCUUGAUCGCACUUUCCAAAAAUCGUGUAGGAGACACAGAAUUGACUCCAGAUGCGGCUCAAGCCUGUAUCCGUCGUCUCCUUCCUCGUGUUGCUCCUCUUCCACUUCCUCGCGCGCGGUGACGGGCAGUUCAUCUACAACGGCUUCGCUGGUGCGCAGCUCGACCUCGACGGCAUGGCCGUGGUCGAGCCUGACGGCAAACUCGCGCUCACCAACAUCACGUCCCAGCUCAAAGGCAGCGCCUUCCACCCGACGCCCCUCCGCUUCCACGAGCCGGCAACCAACGGCACCGUCGCACGGUCCUUCUCGGCCACCUUUGUGUUCGCCAUUGUCACUGACUUGGUCACGGUGGGCGGGAACGGCCUCGCCUUCUUCCUCGCGCCGACCAAGAACCUGUCCAUGGCGUCGCCGAGCCAGUUCCUCGGCCUCUUCAACCCCGAGAACAACGGCAACGCGAGCAACCACGUCUUCGCCGUGGAGCUUGACACCAUCCUCAACCCGGAGUUUCGGGACAUCAACAGUAACCACGUCGGCGUCGACGUGAACGGCCUGGCAUCGGUCGUGGCCGAACCUGCAGGCUACUACGACGACGGCACCGGCGAUUUCAAGAACCUGACUCUCAUCGGCGGCGAUGCCAUGCAAGUGUGGGUGGACUACGACGGCCGAUCGAAGGUGCUCAACGUGACCCUCGCGCCCGUCGAGGCGCCCAGGCCCAAAAAGCCCCUCAUCUCCAUCACCAUCGACCUCUCGCCGGUGCUGAACGGCACGGCGUAUGUCGGCCUCUCGUCGUCGACGGGGCCGUUCCGCACGCGCCACUACGUGCUGGGCUGGAGCUUCGCGCUGGACGGGGCAGCGCCGCUGCUCGACUACUCAAACCUCCCCAAGCCGGCCCGCAUCGGCGACAGCAAGCGAAGGUCCAAGGCGCGCGACGUCAUCCUUCCGGUGGCCACUCCGAUCCUCGCGCUCGUGGUGGUCGCCGGCGUCUCCCUGCUCGUGUGGCGGCGGUUACGGUACGCGGAGCUGAGGGAGGAGUGGGAGGUGGAGUUCGGACCGCAUCGGUUCGCGUACAAGGAUCUCUACCGCGCCACCGGCGGUUUCGACGGCGAGCAACUUCUCGGUGUGGGCGGGUUCGGGAGGGUGUACAAGGGCGUGCUCCGGGUGUCCAAGAAGGAAGUGGCCGUGAAGAUCCUCAUGUCGCACGACGGCGCGAAGCAGGGGAUGAAGCAGUUCGUAGCCGAGGUUGUCAGCCUCGGCCGCCUCCGGCACCGCAACAUCGUGCAGCUGCUCGGCUACUGCCGGCGCAAAGGAGAGCUUCUCCUGGUUUACGAAUACAUGCCCAACGGCAGCCUGGACAAUUGGCUGUACGACCGGAACGCGCCGCCGCUGAGCUGGGCGCAGAGGCUCAGCGCCAUUAGAGGCGUUGCGUCCGGCUUGCUCUACCUCCACGAGGAUUGGGAGAAAGUGGUGGUGCACCGGGACAUCAAGGCGAGCAACGUGCUCCUGGACGGCGACAUGAACGCGCGGCUCGGCGACUUCGGCCUGGCCAAGCUGUACGACCGAGGCACCGAUCCGCAGACUACGAGCGUGGUGGGCACCAUGGGUUACCUCGCGCCGGAGCUGGCGUGCACGCGGCGGGUAACGCCGGCCACGGACGUGUUUGCGUUCGGUUCGUUCGUGCUGGAGGUGGCCUGCGGCCGGCGACCCAUCGAGCACGGCACGGUCGACGACAACCGGCUGGUGCUCGCGGACUGGGUGCUCGAGCGCUGGCACAACGGAGACGUCACGGACACGGCGGACCCGCGGCUCUGCGGCACCUACGAUGUCGAGGAGGCCGCGGCGGUGCUCAGGCUGGGCCUGGUGUGCUCCCACCCGACGCCCGCCGCGAGGCCGUCGAUACGGCAGGUGGUGCAGUACCUCGACGGCGACAUGCCGAUGCCCGAGCCAGCGCCGACGUAUCGGAGCUUCACCGCGAGGGCCUCGAUGCACAACGCCGAGGGCAACGAGUCCUACGUUGCUUCAUACCCGUUGUCUUCGGCGACUAGCGUCGGCGCAUCCUCUGUCCUCUCCGGGAGGUGACGAAGGGCCACACAUCACGUCUCCUGAUAAUUGAGAUAGUAAAGUGCUCAUACAAACGCAUUGCACGGUUCCAUCCAACCCGUCUGGUCAUAGUGGAGUAACUAAGAUAGUAUUACGUAUUUGGUACUAGUAAACAUGCUGAUAUGACACACAAUUAAAAAA